UAACAAUUCGUUCAUUAUUAAUCUGGAAGCAAACGUUCCCGGCUAUUUUUUGGUUCCGACCCACCAAAAACAUAACCAUUGCCUAAAUUCCUGUCUUCUCUUCAAUUGAUUCAAAUCUUACACGCCAUAGCUAAAGGGCUAUAGCAUCUCCAACUGCUCUUUGAAGUAAGGGUUGCAAUUCUGCAUUUGCUCGAGGUACAUGGCUGACAGACAUCAUGUUGAUCAACAGCAAAAUACUGAACCACAGAUAAAUUCUCAUACUCCAAAGGAUGACAUGAUCGCCUGUGUGAUAGCAUUAGAAGCUGCAUUACUACCGUGUUUGCCUGCACGAGAACUCCAGGCAAUAGACCGUUCAGCCCAUCCAUAUCAUCAGAUCGAUGUAGAGAGACAUGCCAGAGAUUUCAUGGAGGCUGCCAAGAAACUUCAACUUCAUUUGAUCGGUUUGCAACGUGAAGAUCUGCCUACAAGACCGGAGAUGCUUAGAAAGGAGAUAGAAAAGAUGGAAGAAGAGUUGAAGACGAAGACUGAACUCAUAGCUAAGCAAGAGAGACUGAUCCAAGGAUGGAGGGAAGAGUUGAAGGACCAACUGGAUAAACACAUCAUGGAGUUAGAAAGGGUGUAAACCACUACAGGAAUGUAAACAAAUACUUACAUAACUUUUCUUGUUUUAUUUGUGAUUCGAUUUGGAUUCUGGGUCGGGAUGACAAGUCCUUGUUACUGUUACUUUAGUUAUUUUUUCUUAAUUUUGGUGGUAUCCGGGCUAGUUUGUAUGCGCGUCGACUAUUCUACGUACCUGCUAUAUGUCAUCUUGUAUCGUGUAACUCUGCCUAUUAACUUGAAUUUGAAUCUUUAUCAGCGUCUUCUGUGAUUGA